UUUUCAGAUCGAAGCGGACAGAGAGCGGACCAGAACCAGGAUAAAAACCGGGAUAGAAACCGGGAUAGAAACCGGGAUAGAGGUGGAAUCCAGGCAAUUCCCAGACCAAUGCAGCUCCUGCAGCAACACCUCACAGCUGAUAAAGAAAAGGUUUGAACGAGCAGGACGUGAUUGUACUCCGAUAACAUUGUGCCCAUGAACAUUCUGAAAAAGUUACCUGUGUUUAUGAACGGGACUGAAGGUCAGGAUGGUGAGCGUGCUGUCUAGACGUCUGGGAAAGCGGUCACUGCUCGGCGCCCUGGUUCACACACCCAGUCCUUCUGGGGAUGGGAUACUGAUUCCUGGUGUAAUCCAAGCAUUCCGGCUGGAUCCUGGGAGAGGAAACUCCUUUUACACAGUGUCGUUUGAAGAUGGCCAGUUCAAGGAGUACAGUGAAGAGAGCAUCAUCGGAGCAGGGUUUCAGAGUCUGUCUCGGUUUAAACUCUACCCAGGCCAGAAGGUAUAUCUGACCCACGACGGGCGUGAGUGUGAGGGCCUGGUUGAGCAGCACAAUCACGUGGAUAACCAGGUUCUGAUCUACGUGGAGGAACUGGACCUGCGCUCGCUGCGGAGAAUCGAGGAUAUCCGGCUGGGCGAGAGCCGGAAGUCACCCCGACUUCAGGAGCUGGAGAGGGACAACGGCAAAGCGACAAGCAACCAAGCUGAAGCUGGGAAGAGCCAACGCUCGGAGAGCAUAGACGUUCCUCCACGGGCCCAGGGAACAGUUGAAAUGGAUGAGAUCAUGGCAGCCAUGGUGCUCACCAGCUUAUCAUCCAGUCCACUGGUUAACAGCCCCUUACACAGUAAACCAAGGACAGUGCUGGGAGAUUCUGGGAAUGACUCCGGGAAUGGGAACAGCAGCAACUGGAGCAGCAACUCCUCAUCCCCUCCUACACCCCCACUUGGACAGUGUCUGAGCGCAGCGCCGACGGACAGCGGAACAGAGCAACACGACCAGUCACUGCUGUCAGAGGAGCCGCUACCUCGCAAGAGGAAGAACUCGAUGAAGGUCUUGUAUCGCUGCAUGUGGCCAGACUGCCAGAAACUCCUCUCGUCACCUGUUGGAAUCCGGAGGCACAUCCGAACUGUACAUCUCAGGCGCAGCGACUCUGAUCACAGUGACGGAGAGGAAGAUUUCUACUACACGGAGAUCCGAGUGAGUGCUGAGCCGGCCUCUGAUAUGCUGACCAGCCAGCACUGUAAAUCUCCACCUGUCAUCCUCCAGUGUCAGCAGGGCCCUGUCAGUCCACAAGAGGGACGGUCGGAACCCCAGCUCCUAAACACCCUCAGUCAGUCUGCUCCUAGCUGCUUCUGGCAGGUCUGUGUGGAUCACACCUACCAGGUCUCUCCAGAUUUAGGCUGUUCUUUCACAUUUGGGGAUUGUUUCGUUCAGUCACAAGUGGCUUCACACAAACCACACAUUGUAUUUGCAUCAACAACACCCAGCGCAGGCAGGAAGGUUCGUGGUGAAGCUAAGAAAUGUCGCAAGGUGUACGGAGUGGAGAACAGGAGCCAGUGGUGUACAGCCUGUAAAUGGAAGAAAGCCUGUCAACGCUUUCAUGAUUAAAAACUGCUGGGCGAUUUUCAAGGUCCCAGAGCUGA